ACCGGGAAACACAACGCAUGCGCAGUGCUUAAUCGUUGGAGCCGGGGCAGCUGGGCAAUAGGAACAGAUAUAAGUAUUAUAUAUUAAUAAAAGAAGGUAACAUCGUAUUCGUUAUGGAUAUAUAAGCUUCGUAUUGCAGGACCACCUUUUGGAAAUACUCCUGCUUUUUACUUCACAUUAAUCUUGUCAUAGACAGGCUGAAUUUGGAAAUAAGGCACCUCCAGUAAUGCUGGGAAGUACAGUUAUAAACCAUCGACAACAUUUUGGACUGCAGAAGCUCUCAGCGUUAGCAGGAAUCACACAUUCUUCUUUGGGCCCCAAUAAAAAGUACAAGUUUAUCCAAGAUGACACAAGUGGGGAGUCAGCUCUUGUGUGCUCGUGUUUUCGCAUCUUUGAGAACCUGGAGCUGACCUGCGCCGUGGGUCAGUUGGUUUAUGAGACUAUUCAAGCCCACCAGAAGGUCUAUAAUACAGGAUCAGGAUGCCUGCUGUUUCUCGCAGGAGCGUGGAGCCGUGCUGCUCUGGAGUGCCUUCAGAGAGGAAUUACAAUAUCACACAUCAUCUCAGCUAUGUCUGAAGGGAUUGACAUAUGCAUGGAUGUGUGCAGGAAAUGCAGCGUCUCAACUGAGGGUCUUGGUGUGGCGCAAUCAGAGAGCUGCACUGCGACAUCUCAUGGUUCAGGAGUUCAUCUAUCAAAGAAACCCAUCAUGGAGGCUUCACGGGCAUCGUGCCACCUGCAAGGGACACCAAAUGUUGGUCACAAGACUCUAAAUGCCUGUGGACAAAGGAAAAUAAGGCUCAGCAGACAUUUUAGUGAGGCCAAGUCUAAAAAUGCCUCCGCAGUACCACAACCUCAUCAGCCUAAGCUCCCUAACGUUGCACACAUUGCCGAGGGAUUGAGCCACGGUUCUGUCAAUGCAAUGACUUUAGUAGUGGAAGCCAACCAGAUGCAAUCAAAAAAUAACCAACAAGAUAUCAGCUGUUCCACAUUUGACAUAACUAAAGUGGUGACCUGUGUUCUACCUGGUUUACCAGAGGACCGCGCGUGCGUUCUACCAGGCUGCAUUGUUCUCCUAUCUGCUGAACAGGCUUCGGUUGCACGUCACUUAAAAGAACAGCACUUGAAGGUUGCUCUUAUUAAUGGAGAUUUGUCAGAUACCUUUCGCCAUCUUGGCUUUAUUAGGCCAGCCGGAAUACAGCAUGUGAGUGACCAGUCAGGUUUGCUAAGUUCAAGCAAAGGGGAAGAGUGGAUGGUAAAGGUUGUGUCACUUCUGCUGAGCCUGGAAGUGAACCUGAUACUAGUCAGUGGGCUUGCUAGUGAGAAAGUGAUUCAAUGCUGUUGUCGACAUCAUAUACUUGUGGUGGAAAAAGUGAAGGCCUCUGUUUUGAAGGCAUUCGCUAAUGCAACUGGAGGUGUUCCAGUGACCUAUGCCACACAGCUGAGUAAGCACUCCAUUGGCACUGGGGUGAAGGUUAUGAUAUGGAGGGACAUCAGCAGCACUGAGAGGAAGUCCUCAACAGCUGUGAAUAUUUCCACUGGUGGGAACAACGGGUUGGUCACAGUGAUCCUCACGAGCUGCGUACAGGGCAAGCUGCAGGCCCUGGAGGAUCAGUUUUGGGCCUGUGCUUAUCGUUUACACCACGCGCUGAAAGACAAAGCCCUCCUGCCUGGUGCUGGAGUGGCAGAAAUGCUUUGCAUUCAUCACCUUCAAAGGCAAGCAGGGCGCCAUGUUAAGCGCUGCACAGAGAGGACUGGUGCUUCUAUGCAGCAAUCCAAAGCAGAGGGAGAAGCUAACCCUUACAGGGGUGUGGUGUUGCGCCUCAUGGCAGAUGGUUUAAUUCAAUACAUAUCCACUGUGAUGGUUAACACUGGAAGGUUUUCAAAGAUCAAAGCCAGGACUGUGGUGAGCCAACAACUGCAGGACUAUGACGGACAUCUAGAUACUGCUGCAAAGUUCUCACAACUUUUCUUGAUGGGUGAAAAAGAGGACAGUGAAUUUUUCUCAGCUACGAAUGCCAAUGGAGCACCAGCAAUGAAAAUCUAUGAUAAUCUGAGUGUGAAGCAGGAAGCAUGGAGGAAAGCCCUGGAUCUGGUUUUCCUGGUCUUACAGACUGAUGCAGAGGUCAUCACAGGCGUGGACCAAAAAACUGAUGGAGCAGAGGAAAAUCUGAUGCUGUUAUGACCUUCAUGCAGCAUCUUGGGGAAUUAUUUGAAAAACCUUCUGAAUUAUUUUUUUGUUUUGUUCCCAAUGCGUUCAAAGUUUAUUUAGCCUGCAAAAAUAUCUUAAUGAAUAUGAAAUUUUCUUAAUAACUGGUACAAAGUAAAAGUAGAAAUAAGCGUCUUUAUAGUCUGACUUUUUGUUUUUUGUCUUCUAUGAAUAGCCAAAGGACAAUAUUUAAAAGGAUCAUUUUAGUGAGGCAUUUUUUUUCCUACCACAUGGGGGAGACAAGUGAUUAUAUGACCCUGCGGUCCAUCUGACUCGCUCACACAAGUUGAUGCAUGUAAACAUGACAAAUGAAUUGGCCUAAAUCCUGAUAUCGCCAAUAAAAAGAUGUGCAUUGGUGA